AUGUUGAAGAAUUAUUCUAGUGCCACUGAAUUUUAUCUACUUGGCUUCCAUGGCUCCAAAGAACUACACGAUAUUCUUUUUGCCACUUUCUUCUUUCUCUACUCAGUGACAGUCAUGGGGAACAUGGUCAUCAUUGUGAUUGUCUGUGUUGAUAAACGUCUGCAGUCCCCCAUGUAUUUCUUCCUUGGCCACCUCUCAGUCCUAGAGAUCCUGAUCACAUCGGUUGCUGUCCCCUUAAUGCUCUGGGGGCUGCUGCUUCCAGGGAUGCAGGCAAUGUCUUUGACAGCCUGUAGUGCACAAUUAUAUUUGUACCUUUCUUUGGGUACGUCGGAGUUAGUAUUAAUUGGAGCAAUGGCUGUGGACCGUUAUGUGGCUGUCUGUAACCCUUUGAGGUACAACAUCAUUAUGGACAGCCACACCUGCAUCUGGGUGGUCAUUGUGUCAUGGGUGUUUGGGUUCCUAUUUCAAAUCUGGCCAGUCUAUGCCACAUUUCAGCUUACCUUCUGCAAAUCAAAUGUGAUAGACCAUUUUUUAUGUGACCGAGGGCAACUGCUCAAACUAUCCUGUGAUGAUAGCCUUUUCACAGAGUUUAUCCUUUUUUUAAUGGCUGUAUUCAUUAUUGUUGGUUCUAUGAUCCCUACAAUCAUCUCCUACACCUACAUCAUCUCUACCAUCCUCAAGAUCCCCUCAGCCUCGGGCCGGAGGAAAGCUUUCUCUACUUGUGCCUCUCACUUCACCUUUGUUGUGAUUGGCUAUGGUACCUGCUUGUUCCUCUAUGUGAAACCCAAGCAAACGCAGGCAGCUGAGUACAACAGGGUAGCGUCACUGAUGGUUUUAGUGGUGACCCCUUUCCUGAACCCAUUCAUCUUCACCCUCCGGAAUGACAAAUUCAUAGAGGCCUUUCGAGAUGUCAUGAAACGCUGCUAUCAACUCCUCAAGGAUUAG